AUGAAUUUCUCUCAUAUUCAUACAAAAUGUCAACAAGAAUUGGAAUCGUGGCAUUCAGCUGCUGUGGCACAUCUUGGUCAAAUCUAUUCACAACGUUUAGCAGAUCUAGCACAAGUUUAUACUCGAGAUGUUUGUAUCCUUGUUGAUAUAUGGCGGAUGCCAUCAUUAUCUGUCUUUGUAAUAUUAACAAUUCAUUCUGUAUAUUUAUAUGAUUCAAUAAAAUCAUCACCAAAUCUUCCAAUUAAAGUUGAUGCAAUUCAACCUGCAGAUCGAUCACAUGUUUUAGCAUCGAUAUUACCAUUUGAACGUGAUAUUUAUUUUAAUUAUCAUAAAGGUGUAUAUAUUGAUCAAUAUCAUGUUUCAUUAACAUCACAAUGGACAUUGGAAAAACGUUAUUCAAAAUCUGGUUGUUGUGAAACAAAAGAUAUUGGAAUUCGUGAUAUUCGAUGUGAUUCUCAAUAUAUUUGUUUAUUAAUAAUGCAACAAGAUGAUUUAAAAUGGCCAUUACAUAUAAUGCCACGUGAUAUGAAAAGAAUAAGACGAGGAAUUGCAAUGAAUUCAGGAGACAAUCAACAUCAAUUUUUUUAA